AACAAAAAGAAGUCAGAAAAAACAACAACAAUUAAUUCAAACAAAAUCAAACUCUGCGCAUACACAAAAAAGUCUGCGUUUCUGUUUCUACACCGUCGUAUGUGUGUGUGUGUGUGUGUGUGUGUUUGUGUUUGUGAAGUGCGGCCGAUCUGCAUAACAACAGCAACAACAACAACAACAACAACAAACCUACAAACAAGACAAUUAAACACAUAGUAUUUUGUGUAUAAAUUUUUUGGCAUAUGGUUACUUGGAAAUUAUUAUGUGGAUUACUGUGUCAGCAAAAAGUUCAACGGCAACAGCAACAACAACAGCAACAACAACAACAACAAAUGCUCGACGUCAGGCGAGAGCGCGUGAACAAAUUCAAAGUUGUUGAAUUACAAAUAAAAAGAAGAAAACACGAAACAUGCAAAGAAACAUAAACUGUUAAAUAAACAUAAGCGAAAUUGUGUGAACAGACAGACAUUCGAGUUAACAUUUCCAAAUUGAAUUGCCGCGUGCCAUGAGCCGCGUUGAGCGUGCAACGUGGAAGGCAACGCAACAACUGCUGCUGGAUGCGACACAACAACAACAGCGUUGGCAGCUAGCAGCAGCAGCAGCAGCAGCAACAGUAACAGCAACAGCAACAACAGCGGCAGCAGACGACACACUUAACAGUGAGAGCAACAUUCAAGUUAACAUCAACACUAACAGUGACUGUAAUUGCAGCUGUAAUAACAGCGUACGGCUAGACGCUGCGCCGGCGCCUGCAAAGCGGCAAUAGAAAUUUGAAAAACAGCAGCGCAAGACACGCGUCCGUCAAUCAAACAGUCACUCAGCUUACUCACUCACUCACUCACUCAAUCAGGCAGUCAGUCAGUCAGUCAGGCAGCCAGUUAGUCAGUCAGUCAAUCGGCGAUUAUCAUUUAUUUACGCAAGCGUGAUUUAUUUACGGAAGUCAAGCCACAAAACAGCUGUUAUUGUAAAUAAGCGUGCAAAUAUCGAAGCAGCAAACUGAAAGAACAGAAACUAAAACGAAAGCAAACUUAAAGAUAACACAGUCGCGCUCAUAAAUCUAGACGUGAAAGUGUCAAAAACUCAAACGAUCCAUCAAAAUACACACCUAUCGACGAAUCGACUCGAGACACACAUAAAUACAUUCUACAUAAAUAUACUUACUAUCUACCUACAGACAACGCUGAAACGUUGGAAACUUUAUAAGACUGAGAGUUGCAAGCGACCAUGCGCGCAUGGCUUCUACUCCUCGCAGUGCUGGCGACUUUUCAAACGAUCGUUCAAGUUGCUAGCACCGAGGAUAUAUCUGUGAGAUUUAUCACAGCGAUAACGCCAAUUGAGGAUUUAGCAACAGCAACAACAACAACAACAACAAAAACAAAAAUUAAAGCGCCUAACACGGCAAUUGCAAAAACAACAAAAACAACAACGGCACUAGCAACAGCAGUUCUGCCAUUUAACGAUUUGCUACCAUCUUCAAAAAAGUUACUCUACAAAAGCAGUGAUAGUGAUAACAACAACAACAACAACAAUAACAACAAUAAUAUUAAUAAUAGUAAUAUUAAUAGAAGAAGUGACGAUAUUAUCGAAAUCAAAAACAUUGAAGAGUUACAAGUGCAUAAAACAAAUACAGACCAAUUAGAAAAUUCCAAAAAUAAGCAUAAUAACAAUAAUAAAUUAGUGAAUAAUAACAAACAUCAUAACAAUAACAAAAAACAACAAACAAACAAAAUGGCUGUCCAAAAGCAACAACAACUACAACAACAACAGAAACACCACCACCAUCACCAGCACCAGCACCAGAACGAGGAUGCAACAGAAUCUCAGAAUCACAGAACCACAUCCUAUUAUGUGGAGACGGAGGCGGCGUUGCAUCCACAAAAUGGCGGCGACAGCGGGUCGCCGGCCUCCCCGUCGGUGGUGGUUGUGGCCGCCGUCGAGGUGCCCGCCAAUGCGGACGCAGUCAUCGAGGAGGAGGGCCCCCAAACAUAUAGUAAUAAUGAAGUAAUUAAGGACAAAGUUAAACCAGAUCCAUCAACUCUAGUCGAAAUCGAGAACAGCCUCCUCUCGCUGUUCAACAUGAAGAGGCCGCCGAAAAUCGAUAGAUCCAAAAUCAUAAUACCGGAGGCGAUGAAAAAGCUCUACGCACAAAUAAUGGGACACGAAAUCGAUUCGGUCAAUAUACCAAAACCAGGCCUGCUAACCAAAUCAGCGAACACAGUGAGAAGUUUUACACAUAAAGAUAGUAAAAUCGACGAUAGAUUCCCACAUCAUCAUCGGUUUCGCUUGCAUUUCGACGUGAAGAGCAUACCGGCCGAGGAGAAGCUGAAGGCGGCGGAGCUGCAGUUGACGCGCGAGGCGCUCAGUCAGGCGGCGUUGCAGCCGCGCCAGGCGAACCGCACCCGGUACCAGGUGCUUGUCUACGACAUCACACGGGUGGGUGUGCGCGGGAAGCGGGAGCCGAGCUAUUUGCUGCUCGACACGAAGACGGUACGUCUGAACAGCACCGAGACGGUGAGUCUGGACGUGCAGCCCGCUGUGGAUCGGUGGCUGGCUACACCGGAGAAGAACUACGGCCUGCUGGUGGAGGUGCGCACGAUGCGCUCCCUGAAGCCGGCGCCCCAUCAUCAUGUGCGCUUGCGCCGCAGCGCGGACGAAGCGCACGAGAAGUGGCAGCACAAGCAGCCCCUGCUCUUCACCUAUACGGACGAUGGGCGGCACAAGUCGCGCUCGAUACGGGACGUUAGUGGGCGGAAUCGGCGGCAUCAGCGGCGGCCGGCACGGCGCAAGAACCAUGAGGAGACCUGCCGUCGGCAUUCGUUGUAUGUGGACUUUGCGGAUGUCGGCUGGAGCGAUUGGAUUGUCGCCCCGCCGGGCUACGACGCUUUCUACUGCCACGGAAAGUGUCCGUUUCCGCUCGCCGAUCAUCUCAACUCAACGAAUCAUGCGGUCGUGCAAACCUUAGUCAAUAACAUUAACCCAGGAAAGGUACCAAAGGCGUGCUGUGUGCCCACACAGUUGGAGGGCAUCUCGAUGCUCUAUCUCAAUGACCAAAGUACAGUUGUGCUCAAGAACUAUCAGGACAUGACCGUUGUGGGCUGCGGCUGUCGGUAGACAGAGAUGGCGUGCGUGCGCAGCGAAAGAGUAUGAGAGUGAGCAAUAGAGAGAGAGAGAGAGAGAGAGAGAGAGCAAGAGCGAGAGAGCGCGAGAGAGCAUCAAAUGCUGUUUGGUUCCAAGCCGUAAAUGCUUUAAACAAGUUUAAAUUUUAUUAAACGCAACGCAAACAAAAUGGACUGAAUAUUUGAAUUUUAAGUGUAAAUCCUAGACUUUAAUUGUAUUUAGAGCAAAACGCAGCAGCCAGCACCCAACACAGUAGAGAGAACGAGAGAUCUAGCGAGAGUGAGACAGACAGACGGAGAGACAGAGAGAGAGAGAGAGAGAGAGAGGGAGAGAGCGGAAUGAGGAGACUGUCACUUUCAACAGCCAGGCUGUCGAAAUGAUGGACAGUUGUGAAGAAAGCGCGCCAUCAACUGUAAAUAGCUAAAAAGUAAGCCGCCGCCAACAUCGCCCACAACCACCUGCAACCACCCGCAACCACCUACAACCACCUGCAACCACCCGCAACCGCCCACCAUCGCCCAGAGCGUACGCAAGCGUAGCCAUAAUAGGAAAACAAGCGCCAUAGUCCCGCCAUAGCCCUGCCAUAGAUCCCAGCCAUAGACAGUCAGCUCCCGAAACUCUAAUCAGCAACAACAACAACAACUACACCAACACCAAGACCAAGCACACUAUCCGACUCUGAAUGCGUCUGCUAACUAAUGAACAAAUUGUAAAAUAAUAAAAGAAACUUAGGAGGUUCGUAACGUCUAGAAAUUAUUUAAAGAACUUGCAUUAAUGAAUCGAAUGGAGAACGCAAAUGUUUUUUUUGUUAAUAUCUUUGUAAUUUCUAUUGUAAAUUUUUAGGUAAACAAUUAAUUUAAACUAAAGAUUAUAUAAAAAAUUAGCCCUGAAAUCAAAAAAUCAAAAAAUAAAACAAGAAACAAAACAAAAACCAAUUAAAAGAGGGCAACCAGUUUUGCGCUGUUGUAUGUUUUAUUGACUUGAAAUUAUUAUAAACGUAGAGAAAUCGCAUAAACAUAUGUAGAUACUAUACUAAGUAUAUCUUCGAUGCACGAGCAACUCUUCUAUGUACUAUAUAUUCACUAAACCAACUAUAAACUGUUAACUGUACACUCGAGACCCCAAACUACUAUAAACCCUGCUCCUACUAUGUAACAUAUAUGUAUCGAAGCGGAGGUAUGUACAAGUAUUCUCCUUCGUUCCGCACUAAUUGUAACUAAAUGUAAAAUAUGAAGCAGAUAUCGAUAAUAUUCGUAUGUUAACUCUACAUAUACACACAUAUAUAUGUAUAACUAAAUUAAUCUAGCGAUUAGACGAUACUCAUAAGUCAGCCCCAACAGCAGCAAACUAGAGUGCAGAGGAAAGCAAAAUUAAAAAGAAAAAAACAACAAAAAAUCAAACUAAAAACAAAACAAAACAAAAAGAAACGAAUCCGUGCAUAAGUUGUAGCACGACUUGUAUGUAAUUUUCAUAAACCUUAUUAUUUUAUUUAUUUAAACAUAUUUUUUGAUGAUGAUG